AUGAUCGGUAUCCUGUUCGCUACCCUGACACUGGCCACUGGGGCCCUCAGUUGUGGGGAUCCCGCCUACCCGCCUCUCUUGACCAGAGUGGUUGGAGGAGAAGAUGCAAGACCAUUCAGCUGGCCCUGGCAGGUGUCCCUGCAAUACAGUUCCAGUGGUAACUGGUAUCACACCUGUGGGGGAACCCUCAUUGCACCCAACUGGGUCCUGACAGCUGCCCACUGCAUCAGCUCUUCUCGGACCUAUCAAGUGCUUCUUGGCAAAUACAACCUAAAGGCUACUGAAGAAGGAUCGGUUGCAGUUAGUCCACAAAAAAUCAUUGUCCAUGAACGCUGGGACUCAAGCCGUCUUGCAGAUGGCAACGACAUCGCUUUGAUCAAACUCUCCCAGAGCGUUGCCCUGAGCAAUCAAAUCCAGCCGGCCUGCCUCCCCCCAGCAAACAGUCUCCUGGCCUCUGGCGUGGUCUGCUACGUAACAGGAUGGGGAAGGCUGCAGACAAACGGUGCUCUCCCAAAUAUACUGCAGCAAGGGCCAUUGGUCGUGGUGGAUUACGCCACCUGUUCCCUGCCUGCCUGGUGGGGUAGCACAGUAAAAACCACCAUGGUCUGUGCAGGCGGCGACGGGGUGAUCUCCAGCUGCAACGGGGACUCUGGCGGUCCACUGAACUGCAGAAGUGCUGAUGGUACGUGGGAAGUGCAUGGUGUAGUCAGCUUUGGCUCCUCGCUAGGCUGUAAUUAUUACCGCAAACCCUCUGUCUUCACUCGAGUCUCUGCUUUCAACAGCUGGAUCGCUACGGUUUUGGCAAACAACUAAUCUGAAGAGCGGUGGACAACAGACUAACCAUGUUCUGGGGGAAUAUGAAGCACGACACAAGAAGGGGGGCGGGGGGCUCACCCAGAGCCAUCUCCUUCCACAGUGGUUGACAUGAGAAAUGGGUGUUGUCACCCUAGUGUCCCCACACUCCCUUCUAACCCCACAUUCCCGUACUAGGCUCCAGCUUCCAACUCUCCCUUUGCCUCACACCUGAACAUGGGGGAAUUAUAAGAACUAUAAAUCCCAAGAAGUGAUCCUGGAGUGGCUGCUGGCUGAAGAACAUGCUAUAGUGCAGGAACCACCUGAAAGCCACUUUGAAAUAUCAGGGGGGCUUUCAAAGACUGAGGAUAAUUUCUGAUGAUACAUUUUAACCUUUUUCAGGGGAAUGGAGCCCAUGAUGCUUAUCUCUUCCCAGCAGCCCAUAAAUCUCUUACCAACAGGAGUUCCAUGCACACCUGCAGAGGGGAAAGAGAAGCCAGUGUUCAUUUUUCUACCACUAUAAUAUUUAACCCACUUGGAAAGAGUUAGUGAAAGGCCAUAAAUUCACCCUCUCUACCUUGAGCUUUCAGACCCGGAAACUACCCAAUAGAAACAGCCUGGAAGGACUGAGGGCCAUCUACAUCCCCAUUGCUUUUACUUAAAUGACCUUAACAAAGAAGCUCUGAUGCUCCAGAGAGGAGCAAAACCGAUGCCAGACAAUUGGUCAAUUCAGUCCUGCACACGUGAGCAAGAAUCAGGACGAGCUAUGGCCUGGGGAACGUUCCGACUCAAAGCCAGCUGGCUAAGGGAAGCUGCAAGGAUGUCAAGGGAGGGGGCAAAGGACAGUAAGGGCUCACAGUAGCAGUAACUUACGUGUCUUUUAAGAGAGCAUGUUCCAGCACAGCGAAGGGAAUGUACAGUAGCGAACCGCAGGGCUCCAGAUUCUCCCCUUUCUUGCAGACUCCCUCACCUAUCCUAGCCCUGCCAUAUCGUUUGUCCAGAAGGAGCAGGUUGCUUAGCUGCAGCUUUGACACAUGACAGGGCCCCCAGCUCCAUUUCCCACAGAUAAGUCUUCUGCUUCUCUCUCCCUGGAGGACCAUUAAGAGUGCAGGAACCAGGUAUACAGUGUUUCUACAGUAAAGCCAAUCAGAAUUGUACAUAAGACCAACACCCAAUGAGUCAGCUGCAGGGGGAAAUAAUUUAAUUGGCAUCUUAAAACAGCAACCAAAGGAGUCACGCUCCUGAUUUUAUUUAAAUAGAGAAUCAGCCAUUAAGCCUCACAGACUAGCUGCAGCUGGUCUAAGCUACUCUGGUGUUCGUGGUAAGCCUGGACGGCUGUGAUAAUUCAUUGGUAGGGGAGUUAUUAAAGAGCCAGCAACAUUUUUUUUUUUUUCUAAAAUCGUCAUGCUUUUA